CCCGCUUCAUCCUUUCUUUUCUUCAACGUAACCCCGUCAAUUUGAGAAAUUGAAAACCAAAUUGAAAUUCCCAAAUCCUUCUAAUCCUAAAUCUUUCCCUAUCCACCCGCAGAUCGGAGCCGCCGACCAUCGACCCCAAACCGCAGCUAUUGUAGAUUCUAUCAAAACUCUCGCACAAUCAAUUUUGAUCGAACAUAUCUAGCUUGAGGAAAAGAACUAGAAUUCAACAAAAAUGGUGAAAGCGCGAAUGAACACGGCAGAUGUGGCGGCUGAGGUGAAGUGCCUCCGUUGCCUAAUCGGUAUGCGCUGCUCUAAUGUCUACGACCUUUCUCCUAAGACUUAUGUGUUUAAGCUGAUGAAUAGCAGCGGAGUUACGGAGUCGGGGGAGAGCGAAAAGGUGUUGCUAUUGAUGGAAAGUGGUGUUAGAUUACAUACCACUGCUUAUCUUCGGGACAAAAGCAAUACUCCAUCUGGCUUUACAUUGAAAUUACGGAAACACAUACGAACAAGAAGGCUUGAGGAUGUUAGACAACUUGGAUAUGACAGAAUAAUACUCUUCCAAUUUGGAUUGGGGGUUAAUGCUCACUAUGUAAUUUUGGAGCUCUAUGCCCAAGGGAAUAUUCUUCUCACAGACUCAGAUUAUACUGUCCUGACUCUCCUGCGGUCGCACAGGGAUGAUGAUAAGGGAAUCUCAAUCAUGUCACGCCAUCGCUAUCCAGUCGAAAUAAGCCGAACUUUUGAGCGUACAACUAGAGAAAGGUUGUGGGAAGCCGUAACAUCUUCUUUGGAAUCUGGUAAAGGUGAGGGCCUAGAUAGUAAUGAACAGGGAAAUAAUUCCAGUGCGCCUAAAGGGAAGUUAGGCAGCCAUAAGAGCAGGAAGCCUGCUGAAUCGAAUAGAAGUGAUAGUGCUCAUGCCAAGCAGGCAACCCUGAAGGUUGUUCUUGGGGAAGCAUUAGGUUAUGGCCCUGCACUAUCAGAACAUAUUAUAUUAGAUGCCAGUUUGAUUCCAAGCACAAGAAUCGGGAAGGACUUCAAAUUGGAAGAUGAUACCAUCCAGGUUCUUGCUGAAGCUGUUGCAAGGUUUGAAGAUUGGCUGGCAGAUGUUAUAACUGGUGAGAAAGUUCCAGAAGGAUACAUCCUAAUGCAACAAAAGAAUUCUGGGAAAAAGAAUGACUCCAUGGGUGACAAAGGAACUUCUGUGCAGAUAUACGAUGAAUUCUGCCCGCUGUUGCUGAAUCAGUUCAAAUCAAGGGAUUCCACCAAGUUUGAAUCAUUUGAUGUUGCAUUAGAUGAAUUCUACAGUAAAAUUGAGAGUCAGCGUUCUGAACAACACCAAAUGGCAAAAGAGAACUCUGCUAUGCAGAAGCUUAAUAAAAUACGGAUUGAUCAGGAAAGCCGUGUACAUGCACUGAGAAAAGAGGUUGAACAGUGUGUUAGAAUGGCUGAACUAAUAGAAUAUAACUUGGAAGAUGUAGAUGCUGCUAUCUUAGCAGUUCGUGUAGCUCUUGCCAAUGGUAUGAGCUGGGAUGAUCUUGCACGCAUGGUGAAAGAAGAGAAGAAAUCUGGAAACCCAGUUGCUGGCCUCAUUGACAAGCUUCACCUUGAAAAAAAUUGCAUGACACUGCUCCUGAGUAACAAUCUUGAUGAGAUGGAUGAUGAUGAGAAGACACAACCUGUGGACAAGAUAGAAGUUGAUCUGGCACUUUCGGCUCAUGCAAAUGCUCGAAGGUAUUAUGAAAUGAAGAAAAGACAGGAGAGUAAACAGGAGAAGACCGUUACAUCACAUGAGAAAGCUUUCAAGGCUGCUGAGAGAAAGUCCCGUCAACAACUGUCACAGGAGAAAACGGUAGCCACAAUUUCACACAUGCGCAAAGUUCAUUGGUUUGAAAAAUUCAAUUGGUUCAUCAGCAGUGAGAAUUAUCUGGUUAUCAGUGGACGUGAUGCUCAACAGAAUGAGAUGAUAGUCAAACGUUAUAUGUCUAAAGGAGAUCUGUAUGUCCAUGCAGAUCUUCAUGGAGCUUCUAGCACUGUGAUAAAGAAUCACAAGCCCGAAUCCAGUGUACCCCCUCUCUCCUUGAACCAAGCAGGAUGUUUCACAGUCAGCCAUAGCCAGGCUUGGGAUUCAAAAAUUGUGACUAGUGCUUGGUGGGUUUACCCUCACCAAGUCAGUAAAACAGCUCCCACAGGGGAAUAUCUUACAGUUGGUAGCUUCAUGAUUCGUGGUAAAAAGAACUUUCUUCCACCACACCCCCUUAUUAUGGGUUUUGGAAUUUUAUUUCGCUUGGAUGAGAGUUCCUUGGGAUCUCAUUUGAAUGAAAGGAGAGUAAGAGGUGAAGGUGAAGGUGAAGGGGAAGGGGAAGAAAUGAAUGACACCGAGCAAACUGAACCUUUUAGAGAAGUAUCUGAUUCUGGUUCUGAUUCUGAAAAUGAAGUCUUGGAUGAAAAAGCCACAGUAGAAUCACCCAGCACCAUGGAAUUGUUGACAGAAAGACCAACCAAAGAGGAUUUUUCUUCAGAAUCGUUCAAUGGCUUAAAUAUUUCAAUUGAUAAAUCUAGUAAUUCACAUGACUCAGCAAUUGGAGUUACUGCUUCAACGAAUUACAAUGAUGGUGAUGAAGUUUCUGGGAAAAGCACUACUGCUUUCAGUUUACAACUGGAGGAUCUUAUUGAUAGAGCUCUUGGGCUUGGAUCUGCUGCUGCAUCUGCAAAAAAUUAUGGACUCCAGUCUUCUCGAGGGGAAUCAGUGGAAGAACAAACCAAGGAGCAAACAAAGAGAGAAAAACCUUAUAUUUCCAAAGCUGAAAGAAGAAAGCUCAAGGGUCAAAAAGAUAAUACUGAAGGGGCUUCCGUUUACCAUGAAAAAGAAGUGGAAGAAAAUCGUGCUGAAAAAGAUAAUACUGAAGGUGCUACUGUUGACCCUGAAAAACAAGAGGUGGAAGAAAAUCAUAACACUGCAAGUUACCCUGAUAAAAAUGUUAAAAAAUCGAAACCAAAUGGUGCCAAAAUUAGCCGUGGACAGAGAGGUAAACUGAAGAAGAUAAGGGAGAAGUAUGCAGAUCAAGACGAGGAGGAGCGAAGCAUCCGAAUUGCUUUGUUGGCUCCUGCUGGAAGAUCGAAAACAAACAAUGUGAUGUCUGUGGAUGAAAAGGCCACUCCAGGACAAGGAAAAGCAACUACCAAAACUGGAGAUGCUUCAAAAAUUUGUUACAAAUGUAAAAAGGCAGGUCAUAAGUCUCGAGAUUGUCCAGAACAGCCCGAUGAAACGGUGCUUAAUAAUGCAAGUAGUGGAGGGAACAAAGCUUCAAAUGGGAUGGACAGGAUGACCAUGGAAGAAGAUGAUAUUCAUGAGAUUGGUGAAGAAGAGAGAGAGAAAUUAAAUGAUGUGGAUUACUUGACUGGAAAUCCGCUGCCUAAUGAUGUCUUAUUGUACGCAGUACCUGUCUGUGGUCCUUACAGUGCUGUACAAUCAUAUAAAUAUCGAGUCAAGAUAAUUCCAGGAACAUUAAAGAAAGGAAAAGCGGCAAAGACAGCCAUUAAUUUAUUUAAUCACAUACCGGAGGCAACAGGCAGAGAGAAGGAAUUAAUGAAGGCUUGCACAGAUCCUGAGCUUGUUGCUGCUAUUAUUGGUAAUGUGAAGAUUUCAGCAGCAGGCCUCACUCAGCUUAAGCAAAAGCAGAAGAGAAGCAAGAAAACAAACAGGGGAGAUAGCUAAUUAAGCUUUGUUCAUAAUGUACCUCUUAUGUUGAAUGCCUUCACUACAUAGGCAGUCAAAAAUGAAGAUACACAUGCAAAGGACUGGAAUAUUGUAUGUAUCCACACAGAAGUUUACACACAAAAUCUGGGAGUCUAUUGAAGAAUGUGACUUCUAGAGAUAAGAAACUCAUUGCUUGUGAAUUCUUGUGGUAUUGAUUUUGACAUGACGAACGUUAAAUGCAGACAUGGAGGAAAAUGAAUAAUGUGGGAUGGAGAUGUUAA